CACAAGCUGUCAGUGGGAAUAUGUCGACAGAAACCAUUCAUUGCACAGAUAAGGAUUUUUGAAAACAAAAACUUCAAAUAAGAUAUGUACAUAUGUAAUUAUGUUUGUCUAAGUAGCGCUUCCUUUGACCCAGGGAGCAUUCCAGGUCUGCACCGUUCUCGGUCCUCCUGUGCUUUAAUGUAAGUUGGAGGAAGUUUUUCUCUGGGCGUACGAAAACCAAGACUUUGUUUGUUGCAGAAUCUUUGUGUUUUAUCAUGUCAAGAUAAACAUUGAAAACAUUGGUCAAGAAGCUUUUGAUUCCUAAUGAUGGUUUGUUCUAUUUCAGCAAGCACCUGUCGCCGCAUUCAGAGAUUAAUUCUUACGUUGGUAUUCAAUUUUAAGUGUUUUAUAGUUGGAUUACUCAAGGUCAGUGAUUAUUUCCUAAACAGCGAAAUGGAGCAAUAAAUUAUGUUUUAUUUACCGUGAAGUGGGAUGUUUUGACAUAUUUAUAGUGUUACCCGAGCGCACAAACUUUGAAUAACUAUAUUUUUUGUGGUACUUAUUCGCACAUGCAAAACCAUGUGGCGGAUGCAGUUCGCUUGUCUGUGUGCCUAAAUGCUGAACUUGCUUUUUUUAUUUCUGUAUACCGCCAAUUGAAUCUCGAGAUUUUGCUCCAAUAUUGAGACGCCCUCGUAAAUGUCUCUCUUCCUAGAUCAUCAGCGUUACGUAACUGCGAUGGGGCAUCAUCACUAGGGACCACAAUGCAUCUUUUAUCGUAUUCAAAUCUCCUAUUUGAAUUCCUCGUUCCUAACGUAAACACCUCGAUGCAAAAAAUCAGCUGGUGAUACAUAACUUUAAUAACUGGAUGAGUGGUAAUCCUUUACAUCUGUGAUAUUUUUCGUAUUAGUUCUCUACAAUAUAUCGAUAUCGCUCGAAUUUCUUUUAAUGCGAUAUACUACGACAGAUUGUUUGACAAGUUUCUUUGAUUUUUGUAACCCUGUGGUUUUGGAACUAUUGCAGCCAUUUAAAUUAAAAAAUUGGGUAAAACAGUUCAAAUUUCAACCUCGUGAUUUAGCAUGGGUCAGCGAGCCAACGGAUUUUUAAAUUCUGCAAAAUGUGCACGCGCUACUAAUUAGGAAUCACUAAUUGCCGAGACUUCGAGGGAAGUAGCCCACCCCGAUUAUACGGUUUUAGACAUUUUGUGCAACAGCCAUCUAGCACAAAAUGCAGCUUCCAAUGAUCCUCCUAAAAUUGAUCAAGAUGUGCGAAAUAUUUUAUAUCUUAUUUGGAUUCUUCUCCUUAAUUAAUGCCAUUCCUGAUUUCCAAGAGGGUGACAUCAGAUUGGUCGGCGGUCGCACGGAAAAUGAGGGAACUGUCCUUAUUUACCACGACGGUCAGUGGGGGAGCAUAUGUGACCGGGGCUGGGACAUCCGAGAUGGAAAUGUGGCCUGCUAUCAACUGGGCUUCCAACGGGCGCUACAGAGUCUUCGCUAUAGUAGGUUCGGACCCGGACGAACACUGCGAUGGCUGACAGGUUUGCGCUGCCGUGGAGUUGAGCGAAAUCUCGGACAAUGCUAUCCUCGAAGAUGGGGGGUUCAGAGGGAUGCGAGGUACUGUGCAAGGUUCAGACGAUCGGCGGCUGUCGUCUGCUUACCGAAGAAUGACACCACUACCACAACAUCUACCACCACUACCCCCAGUACAACCACAAAAUCUACAACCACCACGGCAUUACGGACAUCAACCAAAGUACCGACCACGACUGGAAAACAAAAAACCAUGGUGCCGACAUUUAAACCGACCGAAACGAUCAAAGAAAUUAAUGAAAAUAACGAUUUAAGAAACACAAAUACUAACAGAUAUUCUAAUAGAAGCAUAAUUUAUGACGAAAACGAGGACAGUGACAACGUGAUUCACAAUGUGAUUGAAUCGAACAGUGGACAACGUUCUCGCUUGCAGUAUGAUGCUGAGUGGAGUGAGGCGAGAAGAACGAAGGAUCGCGAGAUUAAUCCCACGACAUCCUCUACAACCAGAGCUAAACCAAGAACGUCGACUUCAAAGCCUUUGGCUACUGUGAAUAACAAACUCGUCAAAACAAGGGAAUCUGUUCGUACCUCUCUCGCUACAACUCAAGCAGUACCUGUGCCUACCCCUGACAGGUAUGCAGACGAGGUAUAUGCUAUUGAUUUGCCCAUGCGACGUUGGAGAAAAGACCCUCUUUUGAAAUGCUGGGUCUUGCUCACAGUUCGCGGAAAAAUAUUAAUUGCAAAGCCAGGAGAGCGUCCCAAACGAAUUACUAAAGAAAAGUAUUAUCUGAGACGUCGUAAGGAAAUCAUAGCACAAAGGGGCGAAAACGAUAUUCUCAAUGAAAUAACUCGAUCUCCUCCAAACGACCAGAUAGCUAGGAAUACGAGGAGACCUACUACUAAAACUGUUACCACGAAGAGGCCAACCACCACCACCACCACCACCACGACUACAACAACAACUACUACAGCCAAACCUACCACAAGACCUUCAACUACAACGAAACCUUCAACCACAAAACCGACCACGACGACAACAAAAAGGCCAACAACAACAACUGCCAAAUCCACAACGACAACAACUGCCACACCGUCGUCCACCCCUAUGCCACAGCCAUCCGAAGCAAAUAGAUACGAUGAUGAAGUAUACGCCAUGGAGCUUAUUAAGAGUAAAUGGAUGAACGACGAUGUACUUAAAAUGUGGGUGAUGCUGUCCAGAUCGGGGAGUGUUCUUGUUGCCAAGCCUGGUCGGCGAUCCAAGAAAGUAACAGAGGAAGAAUAUUACGAGAUGAGAAGAGAAGAAAUCGCUAAGACGCGAACUCAUGACCGAAUGAAGGCAGAUGAUCCUUCAUCUGGCCAGGAAGAACGGGUUCCAGCUCCAAACACAAGACAACUGAACCUUGGUAGCAACAGAAAUGCCGUCAGUGCAGUAAAUGAAAAUGCUAGAACAGCAUCGUCCAAUAUUAUAAUUGGUUCCGACUUGAAUAGCACAAGACACUCUCCACGUAGCGGAAAUCGUCACAGGCAUGGGCAUGGAACUAAGGGAAGGAAAAUAAGACUUUCUGGAAGGCAACGAAAACGCGGAAGAAUAGAAGUGUUACCGGAAGGAAGAGAACAGUGGGGAGUCAUUUGUGGCGACCAUUGGACAAUGAAGGAAGUCAUGGUUGCAUGCCGUAGCUUAAAUCUUGGAUAUGGCCAGCAACCCAUUACGAGGUCCAUCUAUGGUGGAAGUAAUCAAAAGAAAUAUUACUCCCGGGUCGAAUGUAAGGGACACGAAAAGAUGUUGGCGGAUUGCAAGUGGGAGGAUCAUGAGGGUGCGGUUCAGUGUUCCUCCGCCCACUCAGUAGCCGGCGUCAUCUGUACUUCCGCGCUGCCUGAUCUUGAACCUAGUAUCUACAUGCUAGAAACGACGACAUUCCUGCAAGACAAGCAUUUGUAUUACCUACAGUGUGCAAUGGAGGAGAAAUGCUUAGCACCAUCUGCCUAUGAGGCACAAAAGUCACGUGGUUGGAGACAACACACGCGCCGUUUAUUACGGUUCUCCAGUGUUGUCAAGAACAUAGGUACCGCUGACUUCCGGCCAAUGAGUGACCGAAGUGAGUGGGAAUGGCACGCGUGUCACAUGCACUACCACAGCAUGGACAUUUUUGCCCAUUAUGAUAUAUUGGACUUAAAUGGAAAUCGGGUGGCGGAGGGACUCAAAGCCAGUUUCUGUUUGGAGGAUUCAGCUUGUAAUGCGGGUGUUUUCCCCAGAUACAGCUGUCAAAACUUUGGCCAACAAGGCAUAAGUGUGGGCUGUUCAGACAACUACAUGGCAGAUAUUGACUGUCAAUGGGUUGAUAUCACCGAUCUCGAUCCUGGUAAAUACGUUUUCAAGAUUGAAGUCAAUCCUAAUAUGGUUGUUGCCGAGAUCAGCUUUGACAACAAUGCCGUUGUAUGUGAUAUGAAUUACACGGGAUACUUUGCAAGAAUUUUCAACUGCAAACUAGCUUCCUUGUUAUAGACAGGCCAGUGCAAGCCAUGGGAUAUGUAAGGAAUCAUUGGGGUGAAGAUAGGUACCGUUUACUCUGAAUAGAGAGUGACAUUCAUCAUAUUUAACACGUGACAGGGUUAUAUCCAUCUAUUGUGAGAAACUGUUUAUUUUAUUAUCUAAGCCAGCUUCCAGUUCCAUCAUUAUGCGGAAAGCGCCAUGGGACUCCGGCGGAUUUUUAUCUACUAGACAGUAGUUACGUGCUUUGCAAGAAUUUAUGAGUUUAGACAACCGAGAAAAACAAAAACGUUUGAAUUUCGGGGGUUUUGUUUUUACAUUGCUGAAUUUCUUUUCUUUUUCUCUACAUGACAUUAGAUGAUGAACCUAUUAUGUGCUUGAAAGACAAGUUAGUGCAUUACGUAACACAAGCAACUAGACCUAAUGACUCUUUCUGUUUUGUAUAUUUUUUUUGUGGAGUACUAAUGAGAUGCCACCGUAUCUGUGAUAAGUUAACAUGCAUCGUCAGCACAAAUCCUGUGUUUUCAUUCAUCAUGCAUUAUAAUUCCAGUGAGUGAUCUAUCAAAACGUCAUUCCUAUUAUACCAGUUAGAGAUGAAUGUAAAUUAUGUCUAGUACAGUAUAUUAUAGUAAUUAUUGCAUGAAGUGUUGUCAUUAUAUUCUACAAAGUUGCUGAUGUACUAGUAUUAAGUACCAUUUACCGUGUAGUAUUGUUCACGGAGGCCUGAAAGUUAUGUCAAACCGCCAUUUUCAAACAUACAGCUGCAUUUCAGGGGUUUAUGUAUUUAAAAUGGUUUAUUUUGAGAUUAUUCCAUAGUUUCGUAUAGAUGUUUUUUCCCAAAUUUGGUAUAAUGGUGAUUAUACAUGUGUCAGAGCUGUCAUAAAAAGAAUUUAUUAAGAAGGAACGCAAAUACAUUACUGUAAGAAAUUUCUGCAGUCCAAUAUUAAUAUUAUACAUUAAGAUAUGCAUUUAUAGUUUUAAUGCUGAAGACCUGUUCCUCGUCGCGGUUACGGCUUUAUUCAUGAAAUCCUAGUAUCCAGUUUCUGGAGUAACAAAUGUGAAAAGUAUGUUCUUUGUGAUGUGUACAAUUUAUAAGUUGCAUCCAUUUAUUCAUUCUUAUAUCGAAGGUUUUAGAAACAUAUAAUUACCAUUGUUCUAGAUUGACCACGAUGCACAAAGAUGAAUGAACUAUACACGCUACAGUCUAACUUUUAAUGGUAGAAUUUUGAAUACAUUGAACAGUAACAUAUACUAUCUGGACAUUGCCUCGCAUUUUAAUCAUUUUAACACACAGGAGCGAUAAUUCAGGAGCCGUCCCAGAAUUCACACCGGUCUUUUUAUUUAUGUAUUUAUAAACGGAAUUUAUUUUUUGAAAACUUCAAGUUUAUAACAUGUCGUAAACGAAGAUUUCUGUUUCAGUUCCUCUUACCGUCCCUUAGUGAUUCAGAUUUGAAAAUAAAAUUUUGAUCGUCAUAUAAUUUUGUUUUCAUUCUGAAUUAGUUAAGGACACUGUACCACGGUGAAGACAGGGCCUAUACCUGUUUGUUGUAUAACUCUCAGAGUCAUGAAUAUAUUUUGUUAUUUAAUUAUACACGUAUUUUGUUUUUAAUCAUUAAUAUGACUGUUAAACAAAAUAAAAGGAAAUAGUACAAUG